AGCUAAAGGUUCAGUGUGCCAUGGGCUGCCAUUGAGACGACAAGUCUCUUACUUGUUUGCUCCCACAUUUUGCUCGCACGCUCCGACAUUGACGGGCAUCCCGAACUUUUAACAAACAAUUUGUGUUUUUUUCCUCCAUUCAAAACAAACAACAACAACAACAAAAACAAUAUCUUCCGCUGUUCGUUCUGAUUCAUCAUCAACUCUACCUGAACGUUUUUUUUUGGGUUUUUUUCAAAAAAAAAAAUUUCAUAUCGUUCGUCGGGAAAGAAUCUGCAAGUCUUCCCGCCACACGCAUCCGCACAGGUCAGCCAUGGCGUCGCCAGCCUUACUCCGGCACAGGUUGGCCACUGCAGCGCUAUUGUCGCUAGUUCUGCUAGCCGUUUUGUUCCCGUCCGUGCGAUCCAUCGAGAUCGUGGACAGCGACGUUGCCGCAACACAGCAACACCAGUUCUCGUCGGCUUCGAUUUUCGUGCCAUCGAUCCUGCCACUCAACGCGCCUGCGGCAACGUCCGACAACCGCACGUCGGCCCAGCUGCCACUGACCAACGAACAAGUGCGCUGGGCCGUCGAUUUAGCCGUUUCCCGCUUGGCCGGCACUGAAAUUUCACGUGUAUUCAGCGGAAAGCUGGCCCAGUUUGUCAGCCCAGUCGUCCGCGACAAGGCCGCCGCGGCGCUGGUCGCCGAAGAAGUCACUCGCAUUCUAGCGCAGAGUUGGUCGGUGAAUUCGUCCGACAUCCGUAAUCGUCUGGGUCGGACACAACUCACUGGAACACGUCUGGCUGAUUCCUGCCCAGAGAAAAAGCAACACAUCUGCCAGCCCCAAAAGUUUCGUCACGCGAGUUCACUAUGCAACAACGUGCAGAACCCCACUUGGGGCACUGCAGAAACUAGUUAUGGAAGACUCCAGGCAGCAUCAUACAGUGAUGGCGUUAGUCAAAUAAGGUUAGCUGCUUCUGGCAAACCCCUCCCGAGUCCAGUUAAAAUCGCAGAGACUAUCCACACCCCAAAGAAAGUCGGCAAUGGCUACCUCACCACCUUGUCUGGCGUCUGGGCUGAGUUUGUCCAAAAUGACAUCUCACAUCCCGUCUCUUUUUCGGAUCUGGGUAUGGAAGGACAAUGCUGUACGGGAACCGAGUCGAAUUUCGCCACUUGCAUGUCUACUCACGAAGGAGAUAAAUGCACGUCGUAUUCUCGCACGAUAAGCGUACUUAAUAACAGAUGCGAACUAGGUGCUAGAGAACAAAUGAACGCAGCCACUGCUUUUUUGGACGCAUCGACUAUCUACGGAAGCAAUGAGGACGUUUCCAAUCAGCUGCGAACCUUCGAAGGUGGAUUUUUGAGAACGAGUUUUGGAGAUUUGUUGCCCGUCGACCACAGUUGCGAUAUCUUUAGCAACAAUAGCACCAAUUGCGUCGAAUCGGGCGAUGUGAGAGUGAAUGAAAGUCCGGCUUUGACGGUCCUUCACACGCUCUUUGUCCGCCAACACAACCGUCUGGUCGCCAAACUGGCUCAGGUCAACAACAUGUGGGACGACGAAACCCUGUUCCAAGAAGCCAGACGUCUGGUGACUGCUCAGAUCCAACACGUGACUUAUCGCGAAUUUCUUCCGGCUGUGCUGGGCGAGAAUUUGGCCGAGAACCUGCAACUAACGCCCCAAACCGCUGGCCACUUCCUCGGCUAUGACAUCGACGCCUAUCCAGGCGCUCUGGAAGCCGCCGCUUCGACCGCUCUCUCUUUCUCGCUGGCCAUGCUGCCGGCAAAGUUUGAAACCUUUACCAUGACAGGAGACAAGACAGGUGAAAUGGCCACCAACGCCACCGGCCACCUCAACGCCCAGCAGACUGAAGAACUUCUUUACGGCUUGGUGAGCACCUUAUCUCGACGCGUGAGCCUUCACAUCGUCAAGGACGCCAGACGCUCCACUCUCCCAACUAGCAACGCAAUCGACAAAGUUGUCGAGAUCCUGAUGAGAGGUCGCGAUCACGGCCUGCCCGGCUACUCAGCUUGGCGUCAAUAUUGUGGCCUGUCCCCCGUUAAGAAUUUCAGUGACUUGAGUGACAUUGUUUCAUCGUCCAAUAUCGUCCUCUUGUCCAGCGUCUACAGUAGCGUCGAAGAUAUCGAUCUAUUCACUGGUGGCCUCGCUGAGACCCCGCUUAAAGGCGCAGUUGUCGGCCCGACCAUCGGCUGCAUAUUGGCCCAUCAGUUUUCAUUGCUCAGGAAAUCUGAUCGCUUUUGGUAUGAAAAUGAUGUGCCCCCUUCGUCUUUCUCUCGAGAGCAACUACAGGAAAUCCGAAAAACAAACCUGGCCGGCAUUAUCUGUCAGAACUUUGAAAUGAUCAAAUCAAUGUCGCCGAAAGUUUUCCACGAGAGAGAUAACUUUUUGAAUUCACCGAUCCCCUGUGAUCUGAUAGCCGACAUAGAGCUGAGUCCGUGGGCCAGCGAUUCACCGGCUAUGCAAGUACCAGAAGAUUUGCUCCGCCAGUCAAUCCAACGUGCUAUGGUGGAUUUUGCUCGACGUCGAGAGAACGAACGAUUGCUCUUCGAAACCAAUAAAGGAGCUGAUCCUAAAUCUCCACUGGGCAUCGCUUCCGCUUUCAACCGACCCAAUGCCGCCGCCAUCUUCAUGUCAAACACUUCGCUUUUGCUGGAAUACGCCUCCGAAGAGUUCAUCAACCACCUGGAACAGCCCAAGUUCGGCCGCGUCAAGAGACAGCUGAACGGAUUGCUGGGCAAUUUAUUUGGACGGCUGACUCGUCCAUUGUCUCAAGGACUCAACAAUGUGGACGUGACGCGUUUCGUCCAGCCGGCUUCGGCACCCAACGUCUGUCGAAACAAUGAAGAAACGCUACCGUGCGAUAACACGUCACCUUUCCGCAAAUUCGGCGGCUGGUGCAAUAAUCUCCGCAACCCAACAUUCGGCAAGACGCUGACACCGUUCAACAGGCUCCUGGCCGCCGGCUAUGAUGAUGGUAUUGCCCGGCCGCGAUGGCGAUCGGUCACUAACCAACCGCUUCCAUCGCCUCGUCUCAUUUCGGUCGUCGUUCAUCAGGACGUCAGCAACAUGCAUCGCCGCUAUACGAUGAUGCUCACCUAUUUCGGCCAAUUCCUCGAUCACGACGUGUCUUUGACGCCCAUUUCACGCGGCUUCCAAGAUGCCAUCUUGAACUGUCGUGACUGCGAUUCGCCAACCAACGUCCAUCCUGAAUGCUGGCCCAUUCCCAUCCCUAGCAACGAUCCUUUCUUCCCUAAAGUCAACUUGCAAACUGGACGUCCCGUCUGCAUGUCUUUCACUCGAUCCCUGCCCGGCCAGCAACGUCUUGGAGCCCGAGAACAAAUCGACAUGAAUUCCGCCUACCUCGACCUCUCUCACGUCUACGGACAGACUCCCUGCGAAUCGCAACGACUCCGGGCCUUCACUGGCGGCCGGAUGAACGUGACCCUCUCGCCCUUCCGUGGCAAAGAUUUAUUGCCUCAAACGAGUCGUCUAGCAGAAUGCCAAUCAGCUUCCGGCUUGUGUUUCGAUGCUGGUGAUUCGCGGUCCACCGAGAAUCCAGGUUUGAGUGUCCUCCACACUGUCAUGAUGCGCGAACACAACCGGAUCGCUGGGCAGCUCCAAGCACUCAACCGCCAAUGGGAUGACGAGCGACUUUACAUGACCAGCCGCAAAAUAGUCGGUGCCAUCUGGGAGCACGUCGUUUACAACGAAUACCUUCCGCGAGUACUCGGCUGGAACGCCAUUAAUCUCUACGGCCUCAAUCUCCUCACUGAAGGCUACUACGAAGGAUACGAUCCUAAUUGCAACGCUGGCAUUUUCAAUGAAUUCUCCACUGCGGCUUACCGUUUCGGUCAUUCGCUCGUCCGUCCAUUCUUCCCCCGUGUCGACGCUUCGUUCCAGGAGAAAACGCCGAUCCUUUUACGCGCCGGUUUCUUCAACUCUGAAAUGCUCAUGGAAGUUCAGGCCAUCGACGAGUUGGCUCGAGGCCUUAUCGUCUCUCCAAUGGAAAACUUGGAUCAGUUCGUGACUGGAGAGAUAACCAACCAUCUUUUCGAGACCAAGACCGUGCCUUUCUCUGGAUUCGAUCUGGCCGCUCUCAACAUCCAGCGCGGUCGCGAUCACGGAUUGAGACCGUACAACGAAUACCGCGCCGCUUGCAACUUGAAACGAGCUUCUACUUUUGAAGAUCUUGGCCGUGAAAUGACCGCACAAGUUAUCGAGCGUCUCAAGCAAGUCUACGCUUCCGUAGACGAUAUUGAUUUGUGGACUGGUGGUUUGGUUGAAACUCCGCUCCAGGGAGGUUUGGUCGGACCUACUUUUGCCUGUGUCAUCGGCAAUCAAUUCCGCAGUCUUAGACGAUGCGAUCGUUUCUGGUACGAAAAUGGCAAUCAAGCCGGACGCUUCACCGAGGCUCAAUUGGCUGAGAUUCGUAAAGUGGCAUUGGCCCGUCUCCUGUGCGAGAAUUCCGACACAAUCGGCGAAGUGACGCGCUCCGUCUUUGACCUGCCGCAUAAUUUCCUCAACCCGCGCGUGCCUUGCCGCUCCUUGCCACCGCUGGACAUAACCCCAUGGCGUGAGCAGGAAAGCGCCAACUGCGUCGUUUUAGGCAAGACCAUCGCCCUGGGAGCCUCGUCACUUGUAUCUCCCUGCACGUCUUGUACCUGCACAGCUGAAGGACCGCAAUGUCAAUCUCUGCGAGUCAAUUGCCAGCAGCUGCUCACCGACGUGGGCCGUGAUGCCAUUUUGGCCGACAGUGUCUGCCGCGUCCAAUGUGCCUUCCUCGUCAAUCCGGCGCCGGCCGGGCCAGCGCCCGCACCGCCCGCCCCUGCGCCACCACGACCCCCUCAACAGCCACCGCCGCCACGUCAACCGCAGCGCGGCGCUCGUUUACUGCCCAAUUUGUUGAACCUCUUUGGUUGAUUUCUGCCAUUUCUUCGCCUUCACCUUCUCCCUCUCAAAUUCUCUCCAUUCAAUUCUAGAAUUCACAUAUAUAUAAUAGAACAGUAUAAUAUUUUUGGAUGAUUUAAAUUGUAUUCCAGAACAAUGAGUCGUAGUGGCCAAUUGCCCGGCCAGUCGAGACGUUUUCGCAUAUCGGAUGUUGUAUUGUGUCCAUUUUGCAGUUGUUUUUGUAAUCAGCAAGGCAGUCGUAUUUGGAACAAAAAGAAAAAGAAACAAAAAAUGAAUCGACUAUGCGGUUUGAACGAUAUGAAAUGUACAAUUGUGUCGAUCAAAACUCGUGGAAUAGCAAUCCCUCUCUCCCGUUUCGGUAUGUGUAAUUGUCUCCGUCUUGAGACAAAAAAAAAAAGAAAUUACGUUGAGGUGGGCCGUGAACGCGCUGAACUUUGUGAUAAUCAGGUUUUUUCUCUUAAAUGUGACGCGUUUUUUCCUUAUAUAUUUUUUUUUUGUUUCAUCCUUUCGUGCUAAGUUUUCUUUUUCGUCCGCCUUUUUUUUUCACACUAUGUUCUUAAUUUUUUUUUUUUUGUCACAUCAUUUCCAGACGCUGGCGGUCACGUGAGUGUUUUCGUACGUGAUGGCUGUAUAUUUUUUUUAUUACUGAGCUGAUUAGAUUACGGCAAAUACAUGAAAUUGCAAAGAA